AUGGAUACGCUCCUCACUGCCGAGUCGGCGGUCAACUCGCCCCGCUACCGGCGGAAAUCCAGCACCUUCGUGGACGCCAUUCAUGAUCUCCCUGAGAAAGGCGAACUGGCCCCGGCUCAGCUUUACAGCACAGAAUCAGGACGGCUCUUCCAUGCCGGUCGUAUUGCUAUUGCUACGGUAGGCUUACCCGCUCGAGGCAAGACGCACAUCUCGGUGGCUCUCGCCCGAUAUCUGCGCUGGCUUGGCGUCAAGACCAGAAUCUUCCAUCUUGGAGACUACCGCAGAGCCAUCGUAGGCCAAGGCAGUGAUGUCCCCGACGACUAUUUCUUUGUCAACGCAUCGGCCUCGUCUGUGCUGCUGAGGCAGAAGAUCCUGAAGAAGUGUAGGGAGGACAUAUACCAUUUCCUUAACCAUGAGAAUGGGCAAAUUGCAAUCUACGAUGCAGUCAACCCGCUCUCUGCAGGUCGAAAAUCGCUGGCCAAAGAGUUUGCGAAGCACGACAUCAAAUGUCUCUUCAUCGAGUCCAGCUGUGAUGACCAGCGCAUCAUUGAAGAGAAUGUCCGCAGCGUCAAGAUAUCUUCGCCUGACUAUAUAGGCUGGUCCGAGGCCGAGGCAGUCAAGCACUAUCUGAAUCGAGUCUCUGCAAAGAUCCCGCAUUUCGAGACCAUGGAAGAAUCAGACCUAGACUGGAUCAAGAUGAUCAAUGCGGGAGAAAGACUGGUGGUCAACAAUACGAGCUUCGGGUACCUCUCUCAUCGAAUUGUGUUCUACCUACUUAAUCUACACAUCAAGUCUCGACAUACCUAUUUUGCCCGCGCUGGCACGACGUUGGAGGAAGAGUCAUUUAAGGCUGAUGCCCACUUAUCCGCCCAAGGCAAGGACUAUGCAAAGAAGAUGAGCGAGACGCUGUUGAAGCACCGAGAGGAGGAAAGAAGAGCGUUGAUCGAGAAGGGAGGAAUCAACGCGCCGCUGAAACCACUUAUCAUCUGGACGUCGACCCGGCGCAGGACGGUAGAAACUGCUGCAUAUCUGCAAGAACGUGGAUUUAAGGUCAGGCAGAGAUCCCAGAUGAGCCAGCUGAACCCGGGAGUCUGUGAGAAGAAGUCGGAAAAAAGAAUCCGCCGGGAAUAUCCUGAAGAAGUGCUUAAGCAUGAUCUCGAUCCGUAUCACCACCGGUUCCCGCGAGCAGAGUCGUAUCACGACGUGGCGGUUCGACUCGAACCUGUCAUUCUCGAACUUGAAAGAGAACAGAAUGAUCUACUGAUCAUUGCCCAUGAGAGCGUUUUACGCGUCCUGUACGGAUACCUGAUGGCGUGCAACGCCGCGGAUAUUCCCUUCUUGUCCUUCCCGCGGGAUGAGAUCAUCGAAAUCAUUCCGGCGAGUUACAACAACGAAGCGAAACGGAUCAAGAUUCCCAACCUCCCCGCGGAAAUCAUCCCUGCUUCGCCAGAAGGCAUCAAAGCGCCUGCCCCGCCAAGUGGCUUCGCAACUCCUGUUCCUGGCUUGGGUAGUGGCCUGGCCAGCCCUAGAACCGGAACUAGCACCCCAGAGCCGGCAUCCGGACACAAGACGCCUGAGGAUUCGGAGAACUUGUCGUUGAGAAUGCAUGACGUGGUGUGA